AUCAUCUUUCCAAAUUGAAUGAACUGCCUAUAACUGAAUAAAGAUGAUAGAGAAAAGAAACGUGAGCCCUUUCAUGCAGGCGUUGCGUCGGUUCCUCUUAGGGCGGCCAUAUUACUUUCCCAACAACAGGUUCCCUUCAGAGAUGGCUCCCAGGACACCGAAAGAAGCUCCCAACCUUCCUGCGGGUGUUAGCCACAAAUUUUCCGAUAACUACUACUUCAGAAGAGAUGGUCGUAGAGAAGUCCGACAACCUGAAGUUAUCAGCUCACAGAAACGACUGCAAUAAUCUGAAGAUGGAUACGUCAAGGCAACAAGUGACAGAAAUUCAAUGUACAUCAUAUUUGUCAUGUUUUAUUUAUUUUUAUGAAACGGUAAUAGUUUUCAUGUAAAGGAAGGAAUAAUAAAACAAAUUAUUGAAAGUGAA